AUGUCGACGCAGCAGUCCGGCUCGCCCAGCGCCUCCAAGGUGCCUCGCAUGCGCCCGCAUUCGAAAUCGAGAAAAGGCUGUCUCGAGUGCAAGACUCGGCGCGUCAAGUGCGAUGAAGCUAAACCGCAAUGUCGUAAUUGCGACAGGCGCAAUGUGGUUUGCGUCUACGUAGCGGCAGCCAAGAGGAAAUCCCAUCUUACUUCUACGGCCGCGUUGACACCGGCCGCCGAGGAGGUAGCCGAAGACACGCGGUGUGUGGGCCAAGCUGCGUUGCCCGCUGAAGCGCGGCUAGGCCAUUGCUGCCCGGUCAGCCUGUGUUCGGACCAGCUUCUCAAGCUACGCUUGAUGCACAACUACGACAGCGCCAUGGUGGAUUCCCUCGUGGGGGCCCUCCAGUUCAACACGAGCGUGUCGCAGGUGCUGCGCAAAGAAGUACCGGAGCUCGCGUUUAAACACCCGUUUCUCAUGGACACUUUGCUCUCUACGUCCAUCAUCCACCUCGAGUGCACGGGGUUUAACAUGGGCCCGAGAGUGCUCGAGUAUAGGUACAACGCCAUCCGCAACCUGCGGCGCGAGCUCACCAAGGGCCAAGAACAGAGCCUUCCGGCGCUGAUUGCGGCGUCCACCCUCCUUAGCGCGACGUCUCUCGCCGCCGACCGCGUGACGAACUACCAGGGUCUGUGGAUCACGAAUUGGUUAGCCAUGCCUCUAGGCUCCCGCGCGCUCCUCGACAAGCGGCGCGGUCAAGCCCACGGCCGCGCGCAGUACGGCAUGCCCCCGACCGUCCACGCUAUGGGCCAUAUCGACCACGGACCCGUACCCGUCCUCAUUCCCGAAUCUCUCGCUGAAGCGCUCCGCAUCUGUGACGAGAACGACCCCGACGUGCCCUUUCGGGUUGCUCUGGACACAGCGGCCGAGGGCAUCGGCAAACUUUUCGGCAUGUUGCUGGCGCCGCACCUCGUGCCGUGGAUCCAGCUGAGGGUGAGGGCGUGGCCCUUUACCUACGGGUCCGCGAAAUUCGUGGAAAUGGUGCGCCUAGGGCGACCAAGGGCUCUCGUGCUCGUCACGUACUACCUCGCGUUCUUGAAGCUUUUGCCGGCGGUGUGGCUCUACGACGGCGUGGUGGAGCGGGAUAUGCGCAAGAUCGGGGAAGUGCUGGGGGAGGAGUGGGCCGGGUCUAUCGAGAUUGCUAGGGCGUCCGUCAUGGCGGAGAACCCGGAGGAACGGGUGGCUUUUAUGAAACAACAAGUGAUGGCUUCCCAGGAAGCGGACGCCAGCCCCUCUUCGUUACCGAAUCUCUACUCAUAA